AUACAUAAAAGUGAAACAGUUUUUAUAUGCUUGUAAAUCAUGAUAAGCAGUUUCAAUUGUUAUAAUUUAAAACAUUAACACGUACAAUAUUAAUAAAACAAUGGCAGAAAAGGGUGCACAUUUAACUGGAACAACAUGCACUAAACCUUCAAUUUUUGAAAUUAUUGCACAAGAAUCUCUUGCUCAUAUACUAGAACCUGCUUUUAAAAAGAUUCUAUCAUUCCUUGUAUCUUUUAAUUUUGAAAGAUAUGGACAUUUACUCGAAUGGUCUGACGAAGGAUAUUUGAUUUUUAACACAUUUCUUCAACGAUAUUACCUCAACAAAUAUUCUGGGUCAUUUUCUGAAACGUUUUAUCAAUUAAAGCGCAUCGCAUUAGUAAACCAAAAGUUUCAUGAUCAAUUAUCACAGAAACAAAAAUAUUUUUCUUUAAUUUUACUCGUUUUACUACCUUAUUUGAGAGGAAAGUUACUUAAACUUAGUUAUCGAUAUAAAUUACAAGAAGUUGACAAUUACAUACCUAAAUCGAAAUGGGAAAAACUUUUCAGAAAAUGUGUUAUUGAAGGACAUAAUACUUAUUUCACUUUAUACGAAUCUAUAAUCUUAUGCAAUUAUAUACUUUAUGUAUCUGGAAGAUCAAUGUACGCAACACCGUUGUUAAGGUUUCUUGGCAUUGUACUUACAUAUUCAGAAACAAGAACUAUUGUUUCUAUUACGGAAUUAUUGCACAAAGCUAGAAGCAAUGCUUUCACUAUUAGUGAUGGAUUGGAUGUACUUCAAUCGACAUUUGCUAGAUCUUUUGAAAUUGGAGCCUUCUUUCUACAAUUUUUAUCUUGGUGGAGUCAAGAGAAUUAUUUUACGGAUAUAAUGAUGCUUCCAGCUCCUUCAGCUCCAAAGAUAUCACCAUCAGUAAAAAAAUAUAAAGGACUAUGUCCGCUUUGUAUGAAAGUGCCACAUAUACGUACAGUACUUAUGGUGUCAGGAUAUAUAUUUUGUUACCAGUGUAUUUUACCCGAAGUACGAGAUAAGAAAUGUUGCCCAGUUACAAAUUUUCCAGCUAAUGAGAAUGAUUUAAUACGUUUAUAUAUGAAUUAAAUAUGAAAGAUGGUGUACAUAUUGAAAUAUUGAAAAGGCAAGUAUACAAAAUGUGUGUGAAUAAAAUAUUUUAUUUAUAUUUAUUAUUUAUACACACAAAUUGUUGGAAUAUAUUGAUAAUAUGAUUGUUAUUAUCUUUAUUAUUAGAUUGGAGAUAAAGAAAUUUAUUAUUUUUACGUUUAUUUCAAGACAAAAAUAAUGAAUUUCUUUUUCCCCAACUUAAUAUAAUGUUUUUCUUGUAAACUAUAUAUCUUCGUAUAUUUUAUACUUUUAAUAUUGCUCUUAAUGUCAUAAUAUAAGAAAAUGUUUUAUACAUUACCUAUUACAUACAAAAAAUAAGAGUAGAUAAAUAAUAUAAUAUAAUGUUUGAUAAAAAAGAGAAAAUUAAAUGUAUUUACCAAUCCACAAAAAUUGAGAGAUAAAGCAGGUAUAAUACCGUUUACCGAAAUAGUGAUAGGCUUUUGACAUCUUUGUAUGAUAAAAAGUAUAUUUUUAUGCAUCGUCGAUGAAGAUUCUAGCCAGGAGGAUACGGUAAUUAAUGAAAUUAAAUUAGAAGCCUGAAACAGUUAUAAUCAGUAUUUAAAGUGAAUUAAUAUAAUAUGUUUAUUUAAAAAUAUGUUUUACGAUGUCAGUCAUUGAUUGAGCCACGCAGCUGCAUACGAGAAGUCGUGUGAAAGAUAAUAUUGUUAUUGCAGCAAACUGUGUUACAUGUAGUAAAGGUACAUCCUACAAAAAUGAUAAUACUUGUAGAAAAUAUUCUUUAAAAAAUUGAAAUCAACAAAACUUACGUUCAACAAUAACAAACUACAUGUAAUUAAAUAAGUGCAUGCUGCUACUAUGGAUUUAACAAGGAUGGGUGUAACAGUAUUAUCUAUUAUUGUGACGUAUCUGUCAAAAAAAAAAACAAAUAUUUAUCAUAUCAUAAAUUAUUUGAAUUUAUAGCAAUGAGCACAAAAUUAUUUACUUUAUUUAAUACCUGAUAGCAUCUUGAUGUUCAAUCACAAAAUUUUUCAGUUGAGUAUCAUUGGUAACGUUUUGCAAUUUAAUCCCAAGUACGAUAAAUUUGAAACCUGCGUUACUUAAUAUUGCAAUUACCAACAAGUCGACACUGAUAGCACAAAAUGCUUGCAUAACUGUAUAUGUGUUUAAUAUAUACACAAGAUAAAUCGCCCAUUUUUUUGUUAAUGGAAAUGGAUACAUUGUAUUGAGUGGUAUCUCUCUGUUGUGUAUUAUUGACGGAGCAAAGACAAAAAUUGAACCACCACUGAAGAAGAGGGCAAACAUAAAUCCUAAAAAAAAGCUCGUCGUUUUUAAAUAAUUACGUCUCAGAGCUAAUUCUGAAGGAGUUGACUUUGCUGAAAAUUGUUUCAUAUCAUCUAUGAGUAUCUAUAAAAAAUUUUUAUUAAAUUUCAAUGUAUUUUAAUAAUGUAUAUAAAUAUUUUUGAAGUAGAUAUGCAACCUUGAAAUUUGAUUUUUGCAAUGUGCAGUAGCAUAAGUUGAAAAGUGAUUCGCAUAUGUAUACGAAUUCUACUAUUGAUUUCAUCAUAUUUACGAUAUCUUGACGAUAAUAAGAAAAACCUAUCAAUAACGCCAUUAUGGAAGUUGUACCAUUAACAGCAUAACUGCACCAUAAUAAUCCAUAUAAAAUUUUUUUAAAAAUGUUAGUGCCUGAUUGUAGUGGCCACGUUGCGGUGCUAAUAUUUAACAAUUGUAAAAAUAUAAUUAAAUUAUCGUUAUCAGCUAAA